AUGUUCGUUCCUGCGCUGAACGUUGAUUCAGAAUUCAACCUGUCAGCGGAUAAGAGAGAGAGAGUCUUUUCAGUGAUGUCAAAGUUCCAGAAUACGUAUGGCGUUGAUCCAAAUUUUAUUUCCAGAUCGCCAGGAAGAGUCAAUUUAAUUGGUGAACAUAUCGAUUACUGCGAUUUUUCUGUGUUGUCCAUGGCAAUUGAUGUCGAUAUGAUGUGUGCUGUGAAGGUCAUCAAGGACUCGGGUACUAUCGUAUUAUCCAAUGACGACGUGAGAUUUGGAGAGAGGAAAUUUGAUUUACCCACUGAUGGAUCGUAUGUUCAGAUUGACGCAUCGAUUUCCGAGUGGUCCAACUAUUUCAAAUGUGGUAUGCAUGUUGCUCACUCUUUUUUGAAGGAAAUCGCCCCAGAGAAAUUUGGCAAUGCGCCUUUGGCUGGUCUGAAGGUUUUUUGUCAAGGUUCAGUUCCGCCAGGUGGUGGUUUGUCAUCGUCUGCUGCGUUUAUCUGCGCUACUGCUUUGGCUGUAGUCAGAGCUAACAUGGGUAAAGGCUACCAGAUGUCUCAGCAGGACUUGACCAGAAUCACAAUUGUUGCUGAACACUAUCUUGGUCUCAACAACGGUGGUAUGGACCAAGCAGCUUCAGUAUGUGGUAAGGCUGACCAUGCGUUGUAUGUUGAGUUCAAGCCCGAGUUGAAGGCAACUGCAUUUAAAUUCCCACAAUUGAACAACUACGAAGUGACUUUUGUCAUCGCCAAUACUAUGGUUGUUGCCAGCAAGUAUGAAACAGCUCCAACAAACUAUAAUUUAAGAGUUGUGGAGGUCACAAUCGCUGCAAGUGUUUUGGCAGCAAAGUAUGGCGUAUCUUUGAAAGACGAACGCACUGUUCCAGAGGAUGAAAGCUCUUUCAAGGGUAAUUUGAGAGACUUUAUGAACGCUUACCAUGCCAAAUAUCACAAUGCUGCACCGUGGGAUGGCUCUAUCGAAACAGGUGUCGACUUUUUGAUCAGGACUUUGGCGCUUGUAGAGGAAACUUUUACUUGCAAAAAUAAGGGCUAUGCGGUUGACGAAGCUGCUGCUGCUUUAAAUAUUUCCAAUGAAGAGUUUGCAAGAGAGUAUUUAUCUAUAUUUCCUGUCAGAUUUGAAACUUUAAAACUAUAUCAAAGAGCAAAACACGUUUACUCCGAGGCCUUGAGGGUUCUGAAAGCGUUAAAAUUGAUGACUAGCCCGUACCAGUUUACUUCGGACGAAGAUUUCUUCAAGAUAUUUGGAGAGCUAAUGAAUGAAUCGCAAGAGUCCUGCGACAAGCUUUACGAGUGUUCCUGUCCGGAAACCGAUGAAAUAUGUGCCAUCGCUAGAUCUAAUGGUGCGUACGGCUCUAGGUUGACGGGUGCCGGUUUUGGUGGAUGCACGGUUAGUCUUGUCCCGGGUGGUCCAGGUGGGAACGUGGAACAGGUCAAACAGGCCCUAACUGACAAAUUUUACAGAGUCAGGUAUCCCAAGAUUACUGAUGUCGAAAUUAAUGAGGCUAUUAUUGUUUCCAAACCGACAGCGGGUAGCUUUUUGUAUGAAUUAUGA